AUGUUGACGAGUUCGAAUCCGGCAGAAGGGCGAUAUAAAAUGGCCUUCGGCGCUCAAUUCCCGACGGCCCAGCAGACUGAUAUCGUUGCGCAACAUAAUAGUUUUCGAUCCACGCUAGCGAAGGGGCAGUAUAAGGCCAAAUCUGGGGCUGUUUUUGCGGCUGCAACGAAUAUGCAAAGGAUGAUCUGGAACUCCUCCCUAGCCGCUGCCUCUUCAGCAUAUGCCGAUACGUGCCCGGGGCUUGUCCAUUCUCGAGCUGAAGGCGUUGGCGAAAACCUGUAUAUUAUUUGGGGCGGAAAACUGGAUGGUUUGGGUAAACAAGCGAGCAACAGCUGGGCCGACGAGUUCAGCCAGUACGGGCCGAUGAAUUAUGAAUUUACAUACCAGACCGGCCAUGCUACGCAGAUGGCCUGGGCUGACACGGCUACAGUAGGGUGCGGUUACGCUUUUUGCCAAAGGGACAAAUCGUAUUUUGUAGUGUGCCGGUAUUUCAAGCAGGGCAAUUGGAUGGGCGAAAAAGCGUACGACCAAGGAACAACCUGCUCGAAAUGCCCCUCAAAAUCCAGCUGCAACAAUACGGAUGGACUUUGUGGA